AUGGAAAUAUCUUCAUCACGGAAGAACAAUGGAAGAACUGCAGUCGUCCCUUUAAGCGUCAGCAUUCUGUUUCUAUUCAAACGUGCGCUUUUGAUCAUCUAUAUUAUGGAAGCAGUCAUUGCUCCAAUCUUCAAUUAUCAUACAUCAAACAGACCCCAUUAUCAAGAUAUCUCAAGCCAGCGUUCUCAGUUCAGCUCUUCCUUUGAUGAUGGCUGCAAUAAUUGCACCUUGGCAAUAUUAAGUGCAAGGGAUAAUUUGUUGAAUCAGUUCAAUGUGAAUGAAAAUGGAAUCGAAAAAUCUGUCUGUCUUAUUGCUAUUAUUAUCUCAAUGACAGCUGGGAUGAUAGAGGACUUCUCUACUAUAAAUGAUUUCUACGGAUGCUUGCUUUGGCUAGACCAGCAUUAUAUUUGCUCUAUUUUCAUUAAGAGAAAAAUUCACGAGGAGUUUCCACCGUGUCAAGAUAUAGAUAUACUUCCAUACUUUGGCAGUAGCUAUCUUAUCAAUCUUUCUGUUGAUCACGCUGAUAUUGCUUAUCAUGCAGAUAACAUAUAUAAUCAAGAAUCAUAA